CCCGUCGCUGAUUCGAUGUUCAAAAUAACCAUAUUUGGUAAAUUACAUUGUCUUAUCCUUGUUACUCUCAGCCAAUCAGAAUCAUGCGUUCCGACUCGCCUUGGAAUAAACACUGCUGCUUAUUCUAAUUACUUCACUUGGUGGAUUAGCGAAAGAGUGAACAAGGAGUGCUCCACAAAUACCGCAAAAAUGGCAGAUCAACUCACUGAAGAACAAAUCGCUGAAUUCAAAGAGGCUUUCUCACUUUUUGAUAAGGACGGAGAUGGCACCAUUACCACCAAGGAACUUGGCACAGUCAUGAGGAGUCUGGGACAAAAUCCAACUGAAGCAGAACUCCAAGACAUGAUCAAUGAAGUAGAUGCUGAUGGCAAUGGCACCAUUGAUUUCCCAGAGUUUUUGACAAUGAUGGCUAGAAAAAUGAAAGAUUCUGACACUGAAGAAGAGAUCAGGGAAGCAUUCAGAGUUUUUGAUAAGGACGGAAAUGGUUUCAUUAGUGCAGCAGAAUUGAGACAUGUUAUGACAAACUUAGGAGAGAAGUUAACUGAUGAGGAAGUUGACGAAAUGAUUAGGGAAGCAGAUAUUGAUGGAGAUGGACAGGUUAACUAUGAAGAGUUUGUCAAGAUGAUGACAUCAAAGUAAGGAGAAAAGAAGUUGUAACAGUGUUGGAGGAAGUAAAAGAGUCCUGUAUUGUCAAGAAAGUCUUGCACUUUUACCUGGAACAGAUUAAAAAUUGGCUUAAACAUAGAAAUAUUUCAUAUCAUGUUGCUGGACAGUUACAAGCUGAUCAACACAUGCCUGGAAUGUACAUUUAAGCAAAUAUUCUUAUGAGAGGGUUAUAAUCUAGAAACUGCACUGCUUUAUAUAUGAUAGGGGGUUUCUUUCAAGCCUGUUGACAAUUAAAGGAGUUUAAUGUUCAGUUAAGUGUCUUUAAAGCACAUGAUGUGAUAGGCACAUGUACAUUUCUAGUAAUGUUUUGGUUAUUUGUACUGUUCUUUUGAGAGUAAGGGACAAACAUCAUUAUUGAAGUUGGGGAAAUAAAAUUAUAUUUAUGAGAGCAUACUCAUACACACUUAAUAAGAUGUAAUUGUAAUCA